CAACGUCUCAUCCGCCGAAUUUCUCAAAAAUCCACUCUCUCUGAAUCUUACGGGCUUUCGGACUUGGGACAGAAUUGCCAUAGAAAUGGAAGUGAAUUGCUCGGAGAUGGGAGUAGAGAGGAGAACACUUUUACUGGAUUCCCUGGUCUUCCUUUAUUAAGGCUUCAAAGUGGAUCCUCAAUGCAAGCCAACAGUAGUCCCCUUUUAAUUCUCCAAAAUGAGCAACCUACUUUGCUUACUUCUGUCAGCGAUGAGUCGAUUUUGACAUCAGAGGUAACGAAGGGCGAAAUAAAGAGGAUAGAUCCGCAAAAUGAAGCAGAAGGAGUUAUUGGGUCGUCAGAGUCAUCGCCGAGUCCAGAUUCUGUUUGUGCUCCUCCAGACAUAAAUUCGCACCCGGCUUCACUCAGCUCCAUUUCGCCCUCCACGACUUGCAUUUCUGCCAGAGCAUCUUGUAGCACGGUGCAAUGUGUUGAUUGCGAUUUGGCCAUUUGUCUGACCGAUUCCUCUUCAAAACUGGCAUCAGAUGAAAAUGUGGUCGACUUCGGCUUUCACCAGCUGGCCGGCAAUUCAAGGAGUAAAAUCCAAGCGGAUGGAAAGAUGGAAUCGGGGGUCAUUUUUGACGAUAGGUUGGAGGAGGAGAGAGGAGAUGGGGUUGAUGAAGCAGAUAGACUACCUCUUAUUCCGUCUGUGGCUCAUAAUAUGACUGAGAUGGAACGUCUUUGUGCACGACUUUCCGUAGUGGAACAGCUAAUCGAGAUGGAUCGUGCUGCUGAAGCUAAACUUUGCCGAGAAAUGCACAUUUUCUCUGGCGACCCCGUAAGCUUAAUUUUCAAUAACCCUCAGGCCUGUUACAUGGCAACUCGUUUUGUUUGCGUCCUUGACUAA